AUGAAACGAAAGGCCGAGAAGCAACAGUCUGCCGCCCCAGUCAGCGCCAUGAGCGCUGUCGCGGCGCGCAAAGCUCGGCAGCAACAAGCGCAAGCCGCGAAGACCGAAGUCAUUGUCGAGAUUACGAACGAGCCACCUUCGAAACGACCUCGUCGAUCUCUUGAGGCGCAAAAGGUCACCCAAAAUGGCGAAGGAGCCAAAGGACCCCGCACAAGGUCGUCAACGAAGCAAGAGGUUUCGUCGCCUGCAGUGACAAGGGCUGGACAGCAAAAGAAACCACUGAAAUCCAACCAAUUGCAACCACAGUCCGAUGAGGUGGUCGAGGAGAAUGGUGACUCGGACCAGGAAGAAAUCGAGCAGGAUAAAGUCGAAGAUGAGGUGGAAAUGGCAGAAGACGAGGUUGCUUCUGUCAUUGGAGACGCUGAUGGAUACGAAUCGCCCGCAGACACUCCAGCGGAGCUUCAAAACUUCCCUCUGUCUAAAGCACGGCUGAACAAGAGCAAUAUAAUAUACGCGGAUGACGACACCAUGUGUGUUCGUAUCAAAGAAAAGACGAAUUUGGCGUUGUUGGGACAAUAUGAGCUUUGGGUUAAACGAGGAGUUGUGAGCCUCAUGGGUGCUAAGCUGCACCCUUCAGCCCGGGCAUUUAGGGUUUACGCUCCAUCAACUCACUCCUUGCCGGUCAUCAAAUGUGUUUCUGGAGUAGAUGGCGAGGCAGAGGUCGAGAUCAAGUCUUGUAAGAGUGGUCUCGCUCGCCUACGAGAUUUUUCGCCACUCUAUCAGAAGAUUUGGAAUGGAGAAAAUACCGCUGCAGAUAAAAUCACCUUGAAAGGCGCCCUCAAAGAUUCGCGCAGAACUUUCUCGGUGUUGUAUACCUCCGCGGAUGACUCUCUAAAAAGACAUCUGCGACCUCUUCAUCUUGACAAAAAGUGGAGUGCAUCAAUGAAAGCGCUCUCCCAGAGACAUGGUCAACUACGAGUCCUAGUCUGCGGUCCCAAGGCCUCGGGAAAAUCAACUUUCAGUCGCUACCUCCUGAACCACGUCCUCAGCCCAGCUCCAGAAACGGAGAAUGGCUAUAUUAAUACCGACGGCUGUGCGUUCCUCGAUUUGGAUCCUGGCCAGCCCGAGUUCGCCCCCAUGGGACAGGUCUACCUUGCACACUUACGCGCUCCUUUCUUUGGACCUCCUUUCACCCACCCUUCUCUCGAUGACUCUCGCGAUGGCCAGAUUUUGCGAGCCCACCACAUCGGGGCAACCUCCCCUAAAGAAGACCCGGACCAUUAUGCUCUGGCUACCAUGGACCUGAUGGAGCAGUAUCGAACCUUGCUAACAAGGUACCCUCAAUGCCCGUUAAUUAUAAACUACCCUGGGUGGAUCUUCGGCCAGGGAUUAGAAGUGGCGACUUGGCUGAUCAAGACUCUCGGUCUCUCCGAUGUUGUGUACAUGAGUGAGAAGGGUCCUGCGGAAGUCGCCGAGCCUUUGAAUUCGGCUGCCAACGAGGCUCGAGUCUCCAUGACUAUCCUGCCAUCGCAGCCUACGGACUUUGUGAGCCGAUCAAGCGCCCAACUGCGCUCAAUGCAGAUCCAAUCUUACUUCCACCUGUCCAACCCUAGUGGUCUCAGCAAUCCACUUUGGUCGGAUGCGCCUCUCUCCCGCACGAGACCUAUUGCCGUGAAUUACGCGGGUGAUAAGCAGGGGAUUUUGGGCAUCAUGGUGUUGGGAUCUCACAUCAACCCUGGUAUGCUUCGUGAGGUCCUUGAAGGAGCCGUUGUCGGAGUUGUGGCUGUUGAAUCCCCAAACGCAAUCAUGGGUGCCGCCAACGACUCAUCGGCAUAUAAGCCGGAUGAGGAUGAGAACGAUGAUGAACCCGAUGUUGAUGCGGAUGAAGACGUUGAAAUGGACUCAAGCGAACCGCAAGUCAAUGGCGCAGCCUCUGGGGCCUUGGUCGACAGCGUCUUCAGAACCCCAGAGGAAGACCUUCCCUACCUAUAUGUUGGUGCUGGAACCUCCGUCCCUCUAAAUCCUAGUGCCUCAAACUGCCUUGGUCUGGCUCUGAUCAGAUCUGUCAACGUCGAGUCGCAUCAACUGGAGCUCUCCACGCCCAUUCCAUCGUCACGCCUACAGGAGGCUAUUGAACAAGGACAUGAGCUUGUCCUAGUCCGUGGCCCGCUGGAUAACCCUAAUUGGGCUGUGAGCGAGGAAUAUUAUGCAGCGCGGGCUGCCGAGAGGCGCUAUCAGAAGUCGAUUGCCCGAGGAAAGAAGGUUAACGAUACCGCAGUUGGACAGGACAAACAGAAGGAGACACUCGCAGUACUGCGAAAAAGGAUUCGUCGUGCAAGUAACGUGCCCUGGAUGACAGUGGUGGAGGACAACAGCCGCCGCCAUCGCGAGGCUGCGGCGCGGCGGGAGAAGUCGCUAUGGAAGUUGAGAAAGAAGGCUAACCCAGGCAGUGAGAGCGAGACUGACUGGUAG